AGCGUCUGUCAACUUCCUAGCAGCUCGCGAGUUACACUCUUACUACUUAAAUUAAUUUAAUACAUUUACACAAUUUACAACAUAAAACACUAAAAGGUAAAAUUGUACAGUGCUUAGAGCUGCUUCUCCUAUCGGAUUAGUUUUGUAUACGCUACCGCAUUAUCAUGGUGGACAACUACUGAAUUUUUCCCUUAACACUCGUACUACAUUUGGCCUUUGAUAUCGGCAAAAUAAAUAAAUGGGACCUAAGAGAGGAAAGAGCGCUGCUUCCUCCGGAGCAGGUGGAGGUUCUGGAAGGGGCUGGGAAUCUGGACUUAUUGCAGCACAACUUAACGAGAAUCAAUGGAAAGCUAAUAUAUCAUUUGUAGUUGGGAGCAAACUGGAAGAUGAAGCUCACAUAAAAGCCUUUGCUCUUGCUGUACAAGUACCUCAGCGGAAACUCUUCAGUAUAGUAUCUUGGGAACAAAUGAUGGAAAAGAUCAAUGAACUUGGAAAUAUUAAAGCAAAGAAACCUAAAGAAUUGCCCAUGUUUUAUGAGGUUACAGAAGCAGCAAAAGCAAUUUUGGAUAGAGGAGAAGAGAUGUCACUUCCACUGAUUGGUAAACUCUUGAAAUUUAUGCUACUGUGUGUCAAACAGAAAGACCUUCAAAGAAGGGCUGCUGAAAAAAAGGCAGAAGAAGAAAAAGCAAAGGAACAGUUUGGAAAGAAGGAGAAGGAGAAACCAGCCCGACCAAAAAGUACUCCAAAAGGAGGUAAAGGCAAAAAGGUUCCCGAAACCCCUACUGUUAAGAAAGAUACAAAAUUGCUACGCAGAGGAGAAGAAGAAGAGAAAAUCAUUAAAUAUAUUGAUGAUGAACCAGAUGAUGGCCCACAGCAUUACAUCAUAGUCAAAGGGUUCCAUCAGCCACAGCUGCUGGCCAUUCUGGCAGAACUAGAUGUGAAUAUCUCCAACAUCAUUAAAAUAGCAUCUCAGAACUAUGAGGCUUUGCAGAAAGCAGAUGAGUUAAGGCUCCCAUGUGAGUCAGAAAUUCUUCCUGAAGCUGCUGAGCUUGAGAAGCAAAAAAAGGAAAAAUCAAUGAGAAGUUUGGAUUUAUUCUGGCGCUAUUUAGAGCGUAUUCUGAACAAUGAGAGGCAUGGAUCAAAGCUGUUGGAUGUUGCUAGACUACAGUAUGUGGUGCAAGAAACAUUGUUUCCUCUGGACUGGAGCAACAAUGAAAUGAUGAUGGCCUUUGGGACAGUACUCUUUGAGGAUAUUGCUUGCCUCAUUUAUGAUUGUUUGGAUUGGAGACGACAGCAUCAGCACUACCUAAAUUGCAUGAAACUCAUUCAUGUACCUGCUGUCCUUAAAAGCCAGACUGUACCACCUUCAGCAACAGAGUCAACAGGAUCCAAUGCUCAGGCUGCUUCUGGAAAGAAGAAAUCUCAGGUAGAAGAAACACCCAUCACAGUCACAGAAACAGCUCCUCUGAUUUCUGAAGUUGAUAUGAGGUAUUACUCUGAGCUGCUGAGCCAUGUUCCUCUGGAAUGUGUGUCUGUGCCAUUAAUACUGCAUUGCAUGUUGGAACAGGUUGUUGCAACUGAGGAGAACCUUCCUUUACCAAGCCAAAUUGUUCCAGAGUCAACAGUAGAUAGGCUGGAUCACACACUUGUAGAACACUUGAUUUCUUCUGUGAUGAGUUUAUCUGUUCCAGAAGAAGAAAAGAAGAAACUAUGUGAAGACUUCUGUUUUAAAGAUCCUUGGCCAAAAAACAAUGUAUUCAAGCAACCGCUGUUGAUAAACUACCAUGACAAGCUGAGACAGAGGAUGUGCAAGUUAGAGGCAAUGGAAGAGUUUGACCCUGCAAAGGCUGAAGAAGAAAUGAUAAAAAGGCUGUCACUGUCAAAGAUUAUUCAUUUUCCUUUGCCAUUGCCUGGGAGGAAUGCGAAACGUCUGGCUGGGAUUCACGAACUAAUGUUCUACUGCACUGAAGAUUUGCUAAACUGGUCAGAAGCAGAGCAUGCAUUCAGGCAAUUCACUUUUGAAAGCAUGAAACUCUCAGGAGUUGAUGACAGUGGAGAAAUUGAAGAAGCAGAGUCUGUCCUGGAAGAUAACAUCAGACGACAUUACAUUCCUUGGGAUGAUCCAGCUGCCUUUGCCAAGGAGAUGAGAAGACUUGCCAGUGUUAAAAAAAUGUAUCAGAACAGGAAAGAUAAAAACACGGAUUCUACCCAACAAGUGAAUUUAGAUAUGAAUUCAAAUGAAAUGAAUUAUGAACCGAGCUUUAGAAGAAACUCCUUGUCAGGAUCGAUGGUGCACUUUGAAGAGAAAGAAAAAGAGACUGAAAUGUGUGUGGAUUCUUGUGAUACUAAGGUGUCCACUGAGGGCAUAAUGUUGUCAGAUACUAUCCUGUCGGAAAUCCAGAAGACACAGUUGCGUUCCUUGGAUGAAUGGUAUUUUACUGAACACUUUAGACAAAAUAUCUUCAUACAGGUUCUUGAGGAAGCAUCCCAAGUAUAUAGAUGCAUUGAUACACAUUACUUCUUCCAAGAUAAUUCUCUCCUUCUAGUGUUCCAUAAUCCAGUGAAUGAACUCCAUCAAUGCAGGGAAUCCUGGAAUAUGGCUCUCCACUCUGAUGUUCAUUUCAGAAAUUAUUUGGAAUAUGUAGCAGAUUCAAUUUCAGACUGGGUGAGGGAAGAAGAAAAGCAUUACCAAGCAGCACUUCUUGCUAAAGAAAUGGAAGCCUUGACAUCUGCAAAAACUACCAGCGGAAGUGCACCAGCAUCUCGAACCUCUACACCUGGCAGUAAAAGGAAAGACAGAUCUACUACUCCUAAAAAAUCUGGAAGUGGUAAAGGCAGCAGAUCUCGAUCAGCAGGUAAAACAGAUGACACACAGAACCUUGAACCAGAGAAACCACCAACCCCUUUCAUGAGAGAAGGUUCACUUAAGGCUUGGAAAGUAGAACAGGAGAGAUUAAUGGAGGAAGAAAGAAUGAAGAAAGAGAAGAAAGGAAAGGCUGGAAAAAAGGGAGGAAGCAAAGAUAGAUCAGCUUCCAGAGGAAGUAAGAAGUCACCUUCUUCCGAGUCAAAGUCUAAGGAGAAGUCCAAAGAAGAAGCACCAAAAAUUACAGCAGCUGUCACUGUAUUUCCACCAGAGAACAUUUUAAAAUUUAUCGGAUACAAUGUAGGCGAUAAUUUUAUACAAGUUUCUGGACAAACUGAGUCCUUAUUUCCCUCUAAUGGAGGACAUAUUAAAGUGGAGACCAUACAUUUUGAAAAAGGUGCCUCUUUUGUUGAAGUUAGUGUCAUGAAAGACAAUCAUCUGUUUUGUAUUCAUAUUGUUGAUCCAAUAACAGCUAUGGAUAGUUUUCCAAAACCUUCAAAAGAGAAAUCUGGAAGUGGAGAGUUGCCUGAGAAAGACAGCAACAUAUUUAAUCAGAAUAUAAGUGUAAGUGCAUUUGGAUCCUUUUCUGGAGUUCUGGAAAGUGGAAUUCGCCUAUCAUUGAGCAACUAUGGGCCUACUGGAAAGGGAAAAGUGCUGAAAGAUCCUGUUUUGAUGGAUAUUUUGAAUAUCCCUUCAGCUCAAACCCCAACUCCUGUCCCAGCCCCUCCUUCUCCUCCUCCUUCAAAAAAGAGCAAGUCGCCUAAGGUAAAGUCACCCAGGUCACCAAAAGGAAGCCACGCCAAGGGACCACCUACACCAAUAGAUGAGCCACCAAAGCCAGAAGUGGCAAAAGACAUUAAGGUUGAAGCAGAGCAAGUGGCAUCAGUCAUUCCCCAAGAAUGUACAUCAGAACUUCCCAUGUUCCAGAAUCUGAAUGUUUCAUGUCCAAAUGGAUUGGUGGUAACAUAUUUUAAUGAAAGCUCAAUAGGUUUGAAGGGUAAGAAUGGUACACAAAGUGUGUCAAACAUCCUGGUACGACAGAGUUAUCCUCUGAAAACAGGUUUCACAUCUGAAAAAAUUCCUGCAUUACAUGAGCUAUCAAGAGUCAUUACCAGUGAGGGAACUACAAUUAAAUACAUGGCAGAUGGAUCCACUCAGGUCCUUUUCGCAGAUGGCACAGUAAGUAGGAGUCCUGACUCAGGUCCCAUUCUUCAGCCUCAACCUGCUCCUAAACCAGAUAGUCCUGUACCUGCCAGCCAAAUACAAGGAAUGCAAGAUUCUAAAGAGCAGAAGUCAGAGGUUGCAGAAGGCAAUGCCAGAAAGAGUAAGAAAACAAACCUUAUUCCAGCCAAGACAGAAGUGCCUGAAUCAGUUGUAUUAAAUGAUACCCAGCCUCCAGUAACAACUACUUUAGAAAUCCCUGCUGGUACAUGGAUAACAACUGCACCAUCUGGCCUAAGGAUAGGAACUAGAGGAGAUGAGACGCUAGAUCUGAAAAGAGUCUUGGCUUACAAAGCUACUGACCCUGUUACUGGAACGGUCCUGCUAAAUCGUGAAGACAAGGUGGUCACAGUAUUGGGGACAGAUGGCGUCACAAUUGUGGAGCAUGCUGAUGGAACAAGAAUUAAAACAUUCUUCAAAGAAGUUGAAGUUUCUGUAUUGAGUGAUUACAAAGAAACAGGUGAAACACCAAUGAAAGUGAAAAGAAAAAUUAAACAUGUUUGCAUUGAGUGCAUAGAAUUUGCAUCUGUCUUAAUGAACUGUGAAGAUGGCACUUGUGAAACCAUCUUUGGAGACGGGACUACCAUUGUUGCAAAACCACAAGGGACAUACGAGGUAUUGCCUUCUAAUUCAGGCUCACUCUGCAUUGAUCUAGAUGGCUGUGCAGUUUAUAAUCCAAAGUCAACUAGUGAACAUACAAGUGAUGUUAACGAUGCAGUGUUAAAAGUACAGGGUAGAAGUUGCAUCAUGAGACACACCUCUAAAAUCAUUUGCGAGACCAUCGAUAUAGAUGGUAACCUGUUUCAGGUAAUGGUUGAUGGAAGUACAUCUGUGGUCAUUGUAGGUAGUCCUGAAGAAGAAGAAGAAGAAGCAGAAGAAGAACAGAAAGAGGAAACCUACAACUCGCAUCUCAGACAGAUUUUACCUCAUACUAUGCUGCAGUCCCCAAGUAGAUUCUUUGCAGUUCAUGCAGAUGGGUCAGGAUCUGAGCUUUUGCAUUCCAAAGAUGUGCAGGAGUACCUGGCACAGUGUUACACUGAUCCUGCUACUGCCAUUAUGAAAGAACAAGUACCAGAUUAUCCAGGUAUUUUGAGCAUCACUGUUCUACAACCAUUUAAUGAAGAUGCUUCUUCUUGCUGGGUUUUAAAGAAAAAGCAAAAGAGUAUCAUCCCUGAAAAUCUCCAGUCCAGAAAAUGGGAUAAUUUUCCUGCCCAUGAGAAGAAAACCCAAGGUCCACCUUUUGGCAGUGUGAUUGAACAAGGGUUAUUUGUCCGACAACAACAACAGUUUAAAGCCCAUGCUGCUGUACUGAAAUGUCCCAGUAUCCUCCAGGUCCGGCAGCUAAUCCAGCAUCAACCAAUAAACAAAGAACUGAGGAGCAAGUUACUGCAUUCCCUGAAGGAUUACAUCCAGCUUAUUAUCAAGAGAGAAGAAGAGUAUGAUGAGAUGGUGGUUAAAGAGCCUAGAACUGAAAAUGAACGUGUUCACGCUGCUGAUCUGCUAAAACUUGUUCUGUCUUUCCCUGUUUCUGAAACAUCAUCUGGAUUAUUAGAAUUAAAUGAAAGCCAAGUUGAUAUAUCCUCAGCUUAUGAACAAGCUGUUGCACUUUCUUCAGAAGAUACCCCAUUGGAAGCCAAACAUGAAAGAUCUGCAGAAGACUUAGAAAAAGACAGCAAGGGAGGACUGAUUCAGGAAUCUCUUUGGACAGGGAAAUUAGUUCAGUACAGACAGGAGCUCUUGGAGGAGCAAGAGUGUCGAAUAGCAUUUAGGAACCGUAUAAUUCCAGCAUACUUUGAGUCAGAAAUUGGAAAGGCAUAUCUUGAAUCACAGGUUCCAGAUAUGAAGGUGUUAUCCGAAGAACUUCCUCCUUUCCCCAAAAAAAUAUUGCCUACUUCAGAGCUAGAAGCAGAAGAAUCUGAUGCAUCUACUGAAUUUAAUAAUGGAAGUAGAUCUCAGAGUCUAAUAUCAGACCAUCCUGUAAAGACUGAAAGCAGCUUGACCUCCUUAAGACCUGCAACGCCUUUGCCACAGAUGACAGAGUACAACAAUCACAUAAAUAAAACAGAAAGUCUAAUUCCAAGAAGAAAUGAGAAAUAUCCUAUUAAUAUCCAGACUUCGUUCAGUAUAAAUACACAACAUACUAUUCCAGAAGCACCUGUAGAUGAAACCACUGCAUCGGAUAAUGGGAGUGUGGAUGAGAGCGACAGCAUCACAACACUCCAAAAACUACAAGGACAAGCAAGGGCAGCAGAUGUGAAACUCCCCUCAUGCAUUUUAAGUUCAAAGCCAAUGUCUAUACCAAACUACAAGUUUGUUGAAGUAGAAGAUCCUGUGAGAAGGAAAGUGAACACAGUUUCUGUUGCUGGUCCAAAGAGAAGAGGAAAAGAUCCUAUUCGUGGUUUUAUGCUUUUUCCAUGUGAAGUAGACUUUGGUGUCCUUCGAGAAGGUUAUACAUAUGCUACUAAUGUCAGUAUGCAGAAUGUAGGAAUUGACUCUUGUAGAUUCCAAGUAAAACAGCCUCCUCCAAGCACAGGACUGAGGGUAAACUACACUCCAGGACCUGUGGCAGCAGGCAUGAAGACUGAUUUGGAAAUAGAGCUGUACAGUAUAGCAAGUGGUCUGGAAGGUCCUGAGGGAGUAGGAUGCAUUGCUCACCACAUUGAAAUUGUCACUGAAGUUGAGACACUCCUACUGCCAGUCACUGCUACAGUUUUAACAGCCAACAUCUAUGAAAACAGACCAGAGAACUAUCCUAAAGGUGAAAAAGCUGCAAGAGUAAGACUGGUCUCUACACAGCCUUCUUCCCGGCUCAGGAUUUUACGCCCCCGGAAGCCAUAUUUUACAGGAUCAAUGGAUGUGGACAGCAUUUCAGACUCCUGAAGAAAGGCUUUCUCCAUAAAGAAGGAUUAACUAGUAUAGCAAAAAUGACUAUCUCAACAGAUGAAUUUUCAUUCUUUGUGCAAAUACCACAUUAUUGUAAUAUAAUAUUUACUUCAACCUUGAAUAUUUACUUGCAGGUUUUCAUGUUAUAGUAUACUGUCUUCAAAAAUGUAUAAAAGUAAUGUGAGUAUCA